UCUGUCUCGCUCUUGCUGUCUGUCUGCUUUCUCUUACUCUGUAACUCACCCUCUUUCACUCCCACUGUCUUCCUCCUACCCUCCUUCACUCUUCAAUUGCUUUGUGCUCAGUGUUUAUAGUCAUUCACUAACUGCAUAGAGAAGGAGAGAGUGGGAGAGGGAGACAGAGAGAACAAGUGUAAGGACUAACUCUUGAAUACUUUAUUAAAGAGAGAAGAGAGAGAGGUCACGAAUUGAAGAAAAGAGGAAAGGGAGAUUGCUGAACCCUGACUUCCGUUUCUAAGUCGCUAGUGAGCAGCGUGCGUGUGUGUGUUUGUGAGCAGCGCUCUGCCCUCCAGUCCUCAUAGAUAAAGGGGUUUGAAAAGAUGUCCAGCUACAAGCGCGCAACAUUUGAGGAGGAGGAGGCGGCAGAAAACCCAGACGAUGGAGGGAUGUCUCCGGACAGUGUGGAGGUUGGCUUCCGGAAGGGCGGCAUCCAGCUCCUCAGUCCCCUGGGCAGGAGGACGCAGAUGGAGGUGGUGCUGGCUGGCGUGCUGCUUGCCUCUCUCCUCGCCCUGUUCGGAUGUGCCGUCACACUGGGCAUACGCUACAACAAAGACCCAGCGCGGAGCCUGUGUCUGACCGAGGCCUGUAUUACGGUGGCCAGUAAGAUCGUAGAGGCCCUGGACCGCAGCGCCGACCCCUGCCAAGACUUCUACCAGUAUGCCUGCGGGGGCUGGGUCCGCAAGAACCCCCUCCCUGAUGGACGCUCUCGCUGGAGCACCUUUAACAGCAUCUGGGACCAGAACCAGGCUGUCCUUAAACACCUGCUGGAGAACGGCACGUUCAACUCCAGCAGUGACGCCGAGAGGAAGACCCAGUUCUACUACCUGUCCUGUCUCAACGAGCAGCACAUCGAGGAGCUGGGAGCCACGCCCCUCAUUGACCUCAUCGCAAAGACAGGGGGCUGGAACAUCACAGGGCCCUGGGAGAAGGACAACUUCAUGGAGGUUCUGAAGACAGUGUCGGGCCCCUACCGUGCCCAGCCAUUCUUCACCAUCGGAGUCAGCGUGGACCCCAAGAAUUCCAACAGCAAUGUCAUCCAGGUGGAUCAAUCGGGGCUGUUCCUCCCCUCGCGGGACUAUUACCUCAACAAGACAGCCAAUGAGAAGGUGUUGAAGGCAUAUCUGGACUACAUGGUGGAGCUGAGCCUGCUAUUGGGGGGGGAUAAGAACUCCACACAAAGUCAAAUGCAGCAGAUCCUAGACUUUGAAACGGCGCUCGCCAACAUCACCGUACCGCCGGACGAACUUCGCGAUGAGGAGAAGAUCUACCACAAGAUCACCAUCGCCGAACUGCAGCUGUUGGCUCCGGCAGUGGACUGGCUGGACUACCUGUCCUCUGCCCUGUCCCCUCUGGACCUGAACGACACAGAGCCUGUGGUGCUAUAUGCCAAGGAGUACUUGCAGCAGGUGUCUGACCUGAUCAACAAGACCGAGCGCAGCCUGCUCAACAACUACAUGAUCUGGAACCUGGUGCAGAAAGGAGCGUCCAGUCUGGACCAGCGCUUUGAGAACGCACAGGACAAGCUGCUAGAGAGCCUGUAUGGAACCAAGAAGUCCUGCACACCACGAUGGCAGACCUGCAUUGGGAACACAGAUGACACGCUCGGCUUCGCCCUGGGAGCACUCUUUGUCAAAGCUACGUUUGAUAAACACAGCAAAGAGAUUGCAGAGGGGAUGAUCAAUGAAAUCCGUACUGCCUUCAAAGAUGCUCUUGAUCACCUCAAGUGGAUGGACAAACAAACGCGACAGGCAGCCAAAGACAAGGCAGACGCCAUCUACGACAUGAUUGGAUUCCCUGACUUCAUCCUGGAACCCAAAGAACUGGAUGAUGUUUAUGACGGGUAUGACGUCUCGGAAGAAAACUUCUUCCAGAACGCACUCAACUUCUACAAUUUCUCCGCCAGGGUGAUGGCCGAUCAACUCCGCAAGCCACCCAACAGAGACCAAUGGAGUAUGACCCCUCCCACAGUCAACGCCUACUACAUGCCCACCAAGAAUGGCAUUGUCUUCCCAGCUGGAAUCCUUCAGGCACCCUUUUAUGCCCAGGAUCACCCCAAAGCACUGAACUUCGGGGGGAUAGGGGUGGUGAUGGGACACGAGCUCACUCAUGCCUUUGAUGACCAAGGCAGGGAAUACGACAAAGACGGGAACCUUCGACCAUGGUGGCAAAAUUCCUCUGUGGAAGCAUUUAAGAACCACACGGAAUGCAUGGUGGAGCAGUACAAUGGGUUUACAAUCAAUGGGGAGCAUAUAAAUGGCAAGCAGACGCUGGGAGAGAACAUUGCUGACAACGGAGGCCUAAAGGCAGCCUAUAAGGCGUACCAGGCGUGGGUGCAGGAGAAUGGUGAGGAGAAGAGGCUGCCAGCGGUCAACCUGACCAAUGACCAACUAUUCUUUGUGGGAUUUGCCCAGGUGUGGUGUUCCGUGCGAACCCCGGAGAGCGCCCACGAAGGACUCAUGACGGACCCCCACAGCCCCCCAAAAUACCGCGUCAUCGGCACCCUCUCCAACUCGCCAGACUUUGCUGAGCACUUCCAAUGCCCCACUGGCUCCCCUAUGAACUCGGGUCACCGCUGCGUGGUGUGGUAGGGCCUUAGAGAACCAGUGGGGGGUGCUGUCUGUGGAAGCUGCUUGGAGAAUCAAGAGGAGGAGGAAGAGAACCUCUAACUAAUCAUCUGAUGUUUUUUCUUCUAGUUUUCUUUUCUUUGUACAUGAUGCUGGAUUACUAGUGGUUUGUAGGUAGAGCAGGACAGACUCAGGUGAGCGAGAGGGAGGCACUUCACGUGGAGAGAAAUGUUGUAAUCUGCUGAUGUGUGUGUAAUUCCAGUGUUAUGGUAUUUUUCCUCUUUCUCCAUGCCCCAGUCAACCCCUCCACCGGUGGGGCACAAAGGCACGUUUUAUUUAUUAUUUGCUGGACUUGGUAGGGGGCCGGGGAGGAGGAGCCACUAUAGACUGUCUAUCCCCUCCCCUUUCUCUGUGCUACUGUGUUGUCUCUGUACUCGCUGUGUGUCCUGUUUACAAUUUAAACUGGAGCCCUCUAUUGACUGAGGGCUCUCACUGAAACCACUGUAACAUCACAGGAUGGGUUCAGCUGCCUCUAUGACCUCACAGGAAGUGCAGAAACUUCACUGUGAUUGAACAUUGUAUAUGGCUUUAUCUCAAAUGUCAUCCCUAUUCCCUAUAUUACUUGCCUUGAGGCACAUAAGGCUUCCACAAGAGAGCACCACUGCUUCCGGCCUGCAUUUCUGAUAUAGUAUACACAUAGUACAAUGUGGCUGAUGGAGCCAUAUAGACUCAGCUCUCCCUCUUUCUCUGUUGCUUCACAUGAAGUGCACUGGCUUCUGUGAAUCCUCACAGACACCACUCAGCUCCCUCUGUGACAUCACAAUUAAUCUUUUUGAAUGUGCUUUAUUGUGACCUCAUAGCAGGGGCGAGGAUCUUAAUAUUCAAAAUAUACAAAAUCAAAAUCAUCAUACACAAAAUCAAUGGACAGGUGAAAGCAAUAUUGAAGCCUACUGAUAGGCCUUGCCACCAUAUUGCUUAUAGCUAUCCCAUUUCUUAAAGAUUGGUGGAGAGCAGUUUGAGUACAUAGAAAAGAUACAUAGGAAAGCCACUUAACAAUGUUGAUCCAACCAGGAGUAGGGUGCGUUGCCCCUAGAUGCUGAUCUUGGUUCAAUUUAGCAUUUUCCCCAACAAUGGUUAAGAUUAGGAAUAGGGGAGGGAAAGCUGAUCGUAGAUCUGUAUUUAAGGGAAACUUCACACUGAAGCAUCCAACCACAAGAUGAGCAGAGGUCCAUCUGGGACCUACAGACAGUGCUGGACUGGCUGUGACUCCGGUUGUAGGGACACUCACCACUUGCUUACCUGUGUGUUUUAGUUGUUGUUGUUUUUUAUUGUCAUAUUCUGAAGUUGACAAAGUUAAAAUGACAUUCUCAUUUUUAAAACUGCUUUUUGCCAAAGAUAUUAUUAUUAUCAUUUUUUGUUCCUUGUCUCCAGUUGAUUCUUUGUUUCUCUGUACGCUAAGGGCCCGAAGUUGUGUAUGUGUGUAUGAACAGCCUUCGAAGCUUGUUUGAUGUUUACUGUGUUUAAGCUGUCAGCUUCAUUGCAGAAGGACAGUUUCUGCAUGUGUGUGUAUGCUUGCGGUUGUGUGGGUGCGUGUGUGUGUUUGAGCUUGUAUGUGUGUGUGCCUGUUCGUGGGUGCAUCCGUGCAUAGUGUGCAUAUGUACACGUGUGCAUAUGUUUGCAGAUUGCUUUGAUACUUCAUCCCCACUUAUGUUGGACUAUCAACAAUGUCAAGUCAGCUGCAGUGAUUUCACCUCACAUUCCAAAAAAAUGUAUUUGAAAUGACUGGAUAUGUUGAAGAAGAAAUAUGUUCCUAAAGAACUCCUUGUUUGUACAUGCUCUACUCCAAAGUGCUGCAAGACUGUCUUUUCGUGAGGGAGGGUGGGUACAGGAUACCUUUGUUAAUCUGGAUAUUGUUGGACUCUUGUUCAAUCAAGCUAUGUUAAUGUUUUAUCUCUACUUGCUCCUGUCUGCACUUUGCAAAGUUGUUUCACUAGAAGACAUGGAGAUGUGUCAUUACUCAUGAGCAUACUAGCACUGCACCCCACCACACCAUACACCAAAUCCUAACCCAUACAGGACAAUCCCAUUGUAUCACGACAGGUAGAUGGAGUUGUGCUGUCUAAUGUAAGACCAUGAGGUUUAACCAAUUACAGUCAGUUGAUAUUGGCUUCAAUCAGAAGCCCUCCUGUUAGGUGAACUGCCCUGGAAAGAUCUGCCAUUCAAUUUCACAACAAUAAACGAUGCUGAUGAUU